AUGCUCAAUGGUGUGUGCGCCAAGGGCCCACCUGAAUUUGCAGCUGCUGUACAACAGUCACGCAAUGUUACUACACAUCCUCUGGGCAGCACCUCCCAGCCUCUGGGCAGCACUCCCCAGCCUCUGGGCAGCACUCCCCAGCCUCUGGGCAACAACCCCCAGCCUCUGGGCAGCAAUUCCCAGCCUCUGGGCAGCAAUUCCCAGCCUCUGGGCAGCACCCCCCAGCCUCUGGGCAACAACCCCCAGCCUCUGGGCAACAACCCCCAGCCUCUGGGCAGCACCCCCCAGCCUCUGGGCAACAACCCCCAGCCUCUGGGCAGCAAUUCCCAGCCUCUGGGCAACAACCCCCAGCCUCUGGGCAACAACCCCCAGCCUCUGGGCAACAACCCCCAGCCUCUGGGCAACAACCCCCAGCCUCUGGGCAGCACCCCCCAGCCUUUGGGCAGCACCCCCCAGCCUCUGGGCAACAACCCCCAGCCUCUGGGCAACAACCCCCAGCCUCUGGGCAGCACCCCCCAGCCUUUGGGCAGCACCCCCCAGCCUCUGGGCAGCACCCCCCAGCCUCUGGGCAACAACCCCCAGCCUCUGGGCAGCACCCCCAGUCUCUGGGCAACAACCCCCAGCCUCUGGGCAACAACCCCCAGCCUCUGGGCAGCACCCCCCAGCCUCUGGGCAGCACCCCCCAGCCUCUGGGCAACAACCCCCAGCCUCUGGGCAGCACCCCCCAGCCUUUGGGCAGCACCCCCCAGCCUCUGGGCAGCACCCCCCAGCCUCUGGGCAACAACCCCCAGCCUCUGGGCAGCACCUCCCAGCCUCUGGGCAGCACCCCCAGUCUCUGGGCAACAACCCCCAGCCUCUGGGCAACAACCCCCAGCCUCUGGGCAGCACCCCCCAGCCUCUGGGCAGCACCCCCCAGCCUCUGGGCAACAACCCCCAGCCUCUGGGCAACAACCCCCAGCCUCUGGGCAGCACCCCCCAGCCUCUGGGCAGCACCCCCCAGCCUCUGGGCAACAACCCCCAGCCUCUGGCAGCACCCCCCAGCCUUUGGGCAGCACCCCCCAGCCUCUGGGCAGCACCCCCCAGCCUCUGGGCAACAACCCCCAGCCUCUGGGCAGCACCUCCCAGCCUCUGGGCAGCACCCCCAGUCUCUGGGCAACAACCCCCAGCCUCUGGGCAACAACCCCCAGCCUCUGGGCAGCACCCCCCAGCCUCUGGGCAGCACCCCCCAGCCUCUGGGCAACAACCCCCAGCCUCUGGGCAGCACCCCCCAGCCUUUGGGCAGCAACCCCCAGCCUCUGGGCAACAACCCCCAGCCUCUGGGCAGCAAUUCCCAGCCUCUGGGCAGCAACCCCCAGCCUCUGGGCAACACCCCCCAGCCUCUGGGCAACACCCCCCAGCCUUUGGGCAGCAACCCCCCAGCCUCUGGGCAGCAAUUCCCAGCCUCUGGGCAACAACCCCCAGCCUCUGGGCAGCACCCCCCAGCCUCUGGGCAGCAAUUCCCAGCCUCUGGGCAACAACCCCCAGCCUCUGGGCAGCACCUCCCAGCCUCUGGGCAGCAAUUCCCAGCCUCUGGGCAACAACCCCCAGCCUCUGGGCAGCAAUUCCCAGCCUCUGGGCAACAACCCCCAGCCUCUGGGCAGCACCCCCCAGCCUCUGGGCAACAACCCCCAGCCUCUGGGCAGCACCCCCCAGCCUCUGGGCAGCAACCCCCAGCCUCUGGGCAGCAACCCCCAGCCUCUGGGCAGCACCCCCCAGCCAGGGCCGGAUUAA